UUGAAGCCAGAGAAGAAGUGGAUAACAUUUCCGCAUUUCCUCGUGGUACAGAGAGGCUAAAGUGCUGUGUUAUUGUGUAUUAUACAGUCAUGGGCAAGCUCAAGAAAUCUAGUCGCAACACAUUUAAUUACAAUGUGAAUAAAAAGAAGCUUAAGAUUAAGUUGAAGAAAAAGGAUAACCCGCAUAUUGAGUGUGCUCAGAUCCGUAGAGCUUGGGAUGACCAGAAAACAACGAAGCAAAAUUUUGCAGACAUGGGACUAUUUGUUGGGCAGAAGGGCAUUCUUCCCAUUAAAACUAAAAAGAACAUGGAAGAAGAAGAACAACAACCAAUGGACUCAAAUGUUCCAUUAAAGCCCUAUGUCAUUAAAGCAAUGGAAGAAGAGGCCAGUCAAAAAGUAAGCCAAAAAUUAACAUGCUCCAGAGAUAUGAUUGAAUAUGUCCAGCAUAUGGUGAGGGAACACAACGAGAAUUACAAGGCAAUGGCAAGAGAUGAGAAAAAUUACUAUCAGGAUACACCAAAACAGAUCAAACGAAAGGUGGAUUUAUACAAACGGUGUUAUCCUAAGGAAUAUGAUGCAUUUGUUGCAUCCCUACAGACACAGAAGUCAACAUGAUGCUUCAAGAUGAUGUCAUGAGGAGGACUUCGAUUUCUUUUACUUUUCAAUUUGACACCCAAAAUGUUAUUGUACUGUAGCGAGUGUCAUAUGACAAGUGUAAACAGAUGGAGAGUAAACAUUUUGAGUGUUUGUUUCUACUGUUGCCUAGUCAGAAACAUGUUAAUGUUUGACAUUUUUCAUUUGAAUAUCUAAAUAUUUCUGAUCUAUAUAAAUAUGAAUUGGCAUAUUGUGUUAUCAUGAGAAAUGCCGACGUAUUAAAAAACACAGUUUAUACAUCAAUCCGACAUUAAGACUUUAUGCAUAGAUAAAAUUGAAAUAAAUAUAUCCGACAAUAACGUAAUAUAAUGCAAAAUAAAAGCCUCUUUCCAUGAAUAGGGACCCUGUUUGUGAAAGUUCAAAGAAACUAUUGAAGAGAGAUUGGUUUUUAUGAAAGCUCUGUUACGUGCAGAAUAAAAUUGGGUUAUGAACAAGUUAAGAAUUUCUAAGAAAUCUCGACCCAUUUUGCUGAGAAUGUCGGUUACAUUAAGUUAAAUAUCGGUCACGUUGAUGUUUUCUCUUUAAAUUGCUUUUCUGGAGCUUUAAAUGUAUAAAAGUUCUGAUUGUUAGAAAAUCGCCAUUGCAAAUUGUCAAACCAAGACAGAACAGUAAACAAUUCACAUCCACAAUAAAACUACCAUUUAUUUCA